GGACUGUCAACAAAGAAUAUGGCGGCGGUUUAUACAUAGCUGAUCUGUACUCGACGCUACUGAUGGAAGGUGAAAACUUGCGUCGGUGAUAAGGAAGGUCAUCAGAGCUGCUGGAGGCUGAACACUGAGCAGCAGUGAAAUCAUGGUGCUGAAGAUCUUCUUUCCACAGUGCUGUAACCGGGCGGACAGCGGGCUGCUGGUGGGCCGCUGGAUUGCCGGUCAUGACUCGGCCGUGGUGCUGGCGGUCAUCCACUACCCGUUCAUCCCCGGGCAGGUCAAACAGUACGUCCAGCAGAUGCAGGCUCAGAGUGGGGUGGAGCUGUCGGUGCUGGGUUCCUGGAGUUUACCCAAAGACGGUCAGGAGGGCAUGGAGAGUUUCCUCAGAGACCUCAGCACCAUCUUCCCCCAGAAGUGCUGGCUCCAGAUCAGCCGCCAGAUGGGCAAGACAGGCUUCACCUGCAACAUCCUCAACCGAGCUCAGAAUGGAGGAGCAGCUCAGCAGAAGGUAACAAAGAAAAAGGAUGAGGAGGAUGUGAAGAGUGAUGGUGAGGCUGGAGGUGAGGAGGAGGACAAGGAGGAGGAGGAGGAGGAGGAGAAGGUGAUCUUUGUCCACUACGAGCAGAGGAAGGUGAUGCUGUCACAGCUUCACCCCAUCGAGAACGGGGUUCCCGACCCCAAAACUGAUCCACCGUCUGAGCUGAGACAGAUGUUCCAGACGGUGGCCCACAGCCAGCCUCUGUUCUUCCUGGACAAAUACGACGACGGGCCACUGAAGUCCACGCACUGGCAGUCAGAGGGUCGAGAGGCCAGCAUCAUCGUGGAGCUGCUCAAACAGGCGUCUGUCCCGCUCUGCCUGCUCCUCAGCUGGCUGCUGUCCUUAUGGACGUGGAUCUGUAAUAUCCGGAUCUUCAGUCUGUACCCGCUCCGCUUCCUGUCCAGUAAACUGUCCACCUGUGUCCAGCUGAGCUACAGAACCCAACACAUGAGGACGCUCAGCUCACCCAAACCUGCUGCCGGACACACACAGUUUAUGAGAAAAGCCAACAUCUUGGUGUCGUUCCUGGUGGACGUGGCUCUCGGCAUGUUGCUCAUCUCGUGGCUCUACAGAGACAACCACAUCACCAUGUUGGCAAACACACUGGUGCCUGCAGCAGAUCAUGUGGCUAAAGAGCUGGAGGAGCUCCUGCAGUGGCUGAUGGGAGCUCCUGCAGGGCUGAAGAUGAAUCGGGCCCUGGACCAGGUUCUGGGCCGCUUCUUCCUCUACCACAUUCACCUGUGGAUCAGCUACAUCCACCUGAUGUCUCCCUUCAUCGAGGGGAUCCUCUGGUACGGAGGCCUGUCAGCCUGCCUGGGCCUGACCUUUGCCCUCUCGCUGCUCUCUGACAUGGUGGCACUGCUCACCUUCCAUAUCUACUGCUUCUAUGUCUACGGAGCCAGGUUGUACUGUAUGAAGAUCUACGGCCUCUCGUCUCUCUGGAGGCUCUUCAGAGGGAAGAAGUGGAAUGUCCUGCGGCAGAGAGUGGACUCCUGCUCCUAUGACCUGGACCAGCUCUUCAUUGGGACGCUGCUGUUCACCAUCCUGCUGUUCCUGCUCCCCACCACAGCUCUCUACUACCUGGUCUUCACUCUGUUGCGGCUGGUGGUGGUGCUUUUCCAGGGCGUCCUCCACCUCAGUGUGGAUUUCAUCAACUCCUUCCCUCUGUUCGCUGUGGGCCUCCGCAUCUGUCGGUCCUACAGACUGGCAGAGGGUGUAAAGUUCAGGGUGCUGUGUGACGAGCCGGGGACGGCCCUUCACCUGCUGAUGGAGCUCAACCCUCUGAAGUGCAGCACAGUGGUUCAGACCUACCGCACUCCCACUUACAGCUGCUACCCAAAAGAUUCGUGGGCGGCAUUGGUCAAGAAACUGUUUGUCGGGGAGCUGAUUUACCCCUGGAGACACAAAACCACCAAGGCAGACUGAGAGACACCAGCCAGAAAUGUGACAGUGAGAGAGAGAGAGGGAGAGAGAGAGAGAGAGAGAGAGAGAGAGAGAGAGAGAAAGAAUAGGAGAGAUGAGGGAACAGAGGAAAGGGAAGAGACUGAAUAAAUAAUGAGAUUGAAACAGACAGAUGGAGCAGGGACAGGAAAUGGGAAGCAAGGGUGAAACUGGUACAAAGACCUCUGAGUCGAGCUGCUUUCAUGUAUGAUGGGAAGAACGUCAGAGAGAGUGAUGCUGCCAAGUCACCACUCUUGUAGUUUUCUGAGCUCAACAGUGUCAGCCACAAACUUAAAACACAGCAAGUAGUCAUGUGCUGCUGUGAUCGUAAAGUGACUUUCAGUAAAUGGUCAAAACCCUUUAUUUUUUAUAAAAACAUUCCCUUUAAGUGACGUCAGCUAUUUUCUUUUUAUUCACAUGUGAGAAAUUAGACUCCAUCAUUAGAUGCAAGCAGCUGUAAGAUGAAGUGAACAGUGCUUUUCUGACUGUAGUACAAAACACCAAGGGACCAAAACAACUACUUAAUAUGUCUUAAGUGUGGGGAAAAAAAACAGGUGAUUAAUAAUAAAAAAGAGUUCAACUUCAAAUGUGCAGAUAAGAUGUGAAAUGUGAGUUUACAUUUUGAAAUUAUUGUAAAGGAAUAUCGUCCUAGCUUUAUCCCCUUAAUGUCAGUGAAAACUCAACCAGCAAACACACAGCUUGUAGUCUGUGUAUUGUCGUUAGCACUCUGGAUGUUUGUGCUCAAAACUCCGUAUAUUUGGUAAGUGUAUCGUGUUCCCCAGAGGAUAAUCCCUGCUGCAUUUGCCGACCCUCUGAUCUUUUAUUUAGUGCCACCAUUAGGUUAAAAAUAUUCUGGGUGGUGUGUCACUGUCGGUUUGUGUGAUGCUGCUGUCAUUCUACUGGUUUAUGGCAUUUAUAAACUAUGCGUCAUGUGCCCUUGCUGAUUCUGAUAUGCAGAUGCUGUGUGUGACUACAACAUGCUUCAUCACUCCUGUUUCCCUGGCAGAUGCUGCUGUAUCACUCUUGAUUCACUGUUGAUUCUAAGUGGUAUGCCACUUGCACGUUGCUGCUUCAUCCGACACACGACACAGGAAACCGUUCUUUUGUGGCACUAAUCGAAACUGUUCCCCACUGUCUCAUGACGAUUGUUACUGCCACUCUGAUGUCAAAUCAUGUAUGAGUAACACACAGUAGAGACAUAUCACAGCAAUCAGUGGUAUACGGAUAUGUGCCAUGAGAUAAGCAGUGCUGUGCAAAGGUUUUAAGCACCUAUGGGGAAAAAAAUGCUGUAAGAAAAUAAUUACUAUCAUAUAAAGUGCAGUAAACAAAAGACUAAAUCAGAUCAGGAUUUGCUGUGACCCCCCUUUGCCUUUUUAAACCAUCAGCAGUUCUCCUCAGUAAACCUGCUCAGUUCUUCAGGUACUUGUCAGGUAGGUUGGAGAACAUGCUUCAGUUCUUCUGUCUCAGUGUCUGUUUCUCUUCAUGUGAUCCCAGACUGACUCCAUGAUGAAGAUAGUUCUUUAUGGCUCUGGCUGUGUGUUUGGACUCGUUGUCCUGCUCCAGAAUGAAUCUGGGACCUUAUGGGAUUGUGUGAUGGGAUGAGAUUCUAAACAUAUGAAGUGCUUAAACCUUUUGCACAGUGCUGUAUGUCGGUGGGAAGUGUAAUAUAUGUGACAGUGGAAGAUGAGGGUCUAACUGUUUAUAACUGCCAGAAGCCAGUAAAACAGCAGCUGCAGCAUCACACUGAAAACCACCAGUGACGUACUACAAAGAAUCAAACCCAGAACAACUCAGUGUAAUUCAUGCUUCCCGGAGGAUAAACACUCCCCAAUUUAGACACUCCUUCCUCUAAAACCACAUUUUAUAAUCUAAAACUGUCAUGAAAUAUGCUAAGCACAUUUAUGCUUAUUAAUGGAGCCUUUUCUAUUUUAAAGACCCGAUGACCUUUCCUCUAGCACCACCCAAGCUUAAUAUUUUUAGCUCCACCUAAAUGAUCAGUCUGUUGUUGGUCCCAUCCAACAAAUGAAUAACUUAUAACUUUUUAGAGUGCUUUUAGAAAGCAAGUUGGGUUAAGCAACACUCUGAAACACUUUUUUGCUGAACAGUUGUCACUGUGGCCACAGGUAACAAUAAUGGGAUGAUGCUAAAUGAACGUAAAAGUCAUCAAAUCACUAAGCUCACAGACUAAGUAUAGAGUAUGAAAGUUAAUACAAAGUACUCAGUGUCGUCUGUUAAACAUCUUAAAGUAUCCCAACAUGAGCUACUGGUCAUACCAGACCAAGUACAAGUUUAACAGCAAAACUUCUGUUGAUUUUUACUGCUUAUGUCUGCAACAUUUUAUUUGUAAAAGAAAUAAGGUGUUAUGUCUUCUUCCAAAAGUUACAUAGUCUUGCUUUAAACUUUUAUCAGUCUGACUUAAUUUACUAUAACAGAUUAUGAGAGAGUUUAGAGGGAACGUGAGAUGCUAACUAGCUGCAGCUACACCUGAAACAAGGGUUAGUAGAUGAGACAGUAUUUUCAUAUAUGGAUGAACUGUUCCUUUAAAGCCUGGGCCUGCCAAUAACAUGGCAGAAUCCCCCUUAGAAAUCAGGUAUUUAUGUAUUAACUGCACUGACUGUGUAGAUAGUUUUAAUCCUUCAGAUUUUAUAUGCUUAAGUAUUAGUAUGAGCCUAAUUCAAACAAUAACUGGACAAACUGAUAUUUUUAUUUCUUUUAAAUACAACAUUUUUUAAUCUUUAUAAGUCUAAAUGUAAUGAUUAGUGUUUUAGGUUUAAAUGUUGCCAUAUUUCCUCCAUGUACUGGAACUAUUUUACUCUGGCAGAUGGAUUUGGCCCUUGAGAUUGAGUUACUGAUAUGGAUGAAUGGUCAUGCAGUACCAUUAUGGUGUAAAGCAAAUGAUCUAAUUCUGCUCUCGGCCAGUUUGUCAGCAUCUCUGACAAGUCUUUUUGUUUUUUAUUUAUGUGCCUAAUCAUGUUCUUUUUAUUGAAAUGUUGCCCUUGGAUUAUGUAGAACAAUCGACCUGAACCAGCUCGUCAUCUCGUUUAAAGAAACACUCCAGCAGUUUGAACUUUGUCUUGUUGUCUGUUGGUGAAUCGUGCAUAAAACAGCUUCGGAGCUGGUGGAAGGUUAUUUAGACUAAUUAUGUAACACAUCCUAGACCUAUCUCCAGAUACACAGAGAUGAAACUGAUAUGAAUCUUCUUAUCAGACUCUGGAGUAGAUGUCUUGCUUUUAAUGUGAAUUAUUGCUAUUUAAUUUAACUUAGAUCUUUACACCCUGCCCUUUAGCAUCCUUAACACCAACUUGUCAUUUGUAACAGUUGAAUUGGUAAAUGUGCUUAUUACUUGUUUCUAUUUGUUUCUAUUAAUUUAAUCCUCCAUUCAUCUGUCUUAAUUGUCACAUUGUCAUUAAAUAAAAUUCAUUCAUAUUGAA